CCAGGAAGAAAUAACAGCGUGGACGCAAGCACUCAAGCUGAGUGCUGCUUUGAGAUUGUGGAACUUUAUUAUUUGCGUAUUUUUUUUCUGCAAUCGACUGUUCUCUAUUCCUUCUUGUUGUCCUGUUUACUCGACAGCUUUGCACUUUCUACUUUAGCUUACAGUUUUUAAGUGAUACAAUCACUGCACACCACGUAUUAUCUUUUUCAUUUAGGAUUGACAUUUACCUCAAAAGUCUGGACCAAUUAUUAUUUCUAUAGUUUUAUUUUGUUAUGGCUGGUGUUUCUACAAAAACUGUGCACGACAUCUUUCAGACUAUGGAGUAUGGACCGUCCAGCACGAGCACUGCAACUGCACAGUCCUGGCUGGAGAAACACUCUCGCACUCUUGGCUUCUUCAUUGAUGGGACAUUUUCCUGUCCUGCAGACAGACAGACCCAGGAUGUGACUGAUUCUAAAGCAGCAGUGGUCUGCAGCACUGCUUGUGCUCAAGCUGAGGAUGUUGUGUCUGCUGUCUCCUCUGCAGCUGCAGGCUUCAAAACCUGGAGUCAACUGAGCUGCUACCAAAGAGCCAAAGUCUUACUCAAGGUGCCGAGUGUUCUGCAGAGACACAGUCAGUGUGUAUCGGAGGUGUGUGAGCUCUCUCAGUCUUCUACCUCUCCUGCGGUGCUCAUUCGACUGGCCCAAUACUAUGCCAGCUGGGCUCAGCUACGAGACACGCUCAUGCCUGAGUGGAGCCCACAGGGUGUUGUGACGGUGGUUGUGUCAGAUGACUGCUCUGUCUACUUUCUUCUGCUAAAAGUUCUGCCAGCUCUAGCUAUGGGCAAUGCUGUUAUUGUGGUGCCUGGCAAGACUACCUCUCUUCCUGGCCUCCUGUUGGCUCAGCUCUUUAUGGAGGCUGGAAUGCCUGCCGGAGUGCUGAAUGUGUUGACGGGCAGUGAAACAUCACUGGGUGCCAAAGUGGCUCAAAACCCACAAGUGAACUACCUGACCUUUAGUGGAUGCAGACAGACUGGAGAAGCUGUGGCUAAAGCAGCGGCUGGCUGGGGCGUCCCGAUGACUUUCUCUCUGUCAUCCAGCUCUGUGUGUCCUUUCAUCAUCUUUGAAUCAGCAGACCUUGACAGUGCUGUGGAUGGAGUGAUAGAGCUGGUCUUCAAGAAGAAAAGAGAUUUCCAGUGGGUGCUCUGUGUGCAGGAAUCUGUGCUGGACAGUGUUGUGGCCAGGCUGAAGAUCAGAAUGGCUGGGAUGAAAGGCAUUCCUCUUGUCACGGAGACUGACAGGAGUAUUAUAGAUGCUGCAGUUCAGGAGGCUGAGCAGCAGGGGGCAACACUGAUCCAGUCAUGUCCACCUUCUUCCACUGGGGGUCUCUAUCCUCCUACUGUUCUCUGUGGACUGGCUCCCUCCUGCGAGUCUGUGAUUUCACCUCCUCCAGGCCCUGUGCUGCCCCUCAUAACCUUCAGGAGCUCUGCUGAGGGGGUAACUCUCGGAAAUCACAGUCCACAUGGUCAGGCUGCAUCCAUCUGGACUGAAGAUUUGACUCUGGCUUUGGAGUCUGCAAAAAGUCUAAAUGUAGGCUCGGUGUGGGUGAAUUGUCAUUCUGUAAUGGACCCUGCACUGCCUCUGUGCGGACGGAGGGACAGCGGGAACUGCACCGAUGGAGGCAGAGAGGGUCUGUAUCAGUUCCUUCGGCCUUCGCUUUCGCCCUCACUCCCACGCUCCAGUCCCUGCUCAGUCAACUACGCUGAAUUUGGCUGUGCACCAAGCAAAUUCAUUAUACCUGAAGUAUUUGACCCUUCCAGUGUCCCUCGCUUUUACUCACAGUUAGUAGGUGGUCAGUUGCGAAAAGCAGACUCUGGCUCUAGCAGGUCAGUGUUGGCCCCUGGAGGCGCUGUACUGGCCCACUGCCCAGAUGGAGGCAGGAAGGAUGUCCGGAACGCAGUUGAGGCCGCCAUUAAGGUCCAGGCAGGGUGGAUGAAGAAGAGCCCGGCUGCACGCUCUCAGUCUCUGUAUUCACUAGCUGACAGUCUGGAUAAGAGGAGGCGGGACUUGGCUGUGUCAAUCCAGACUCAAACUGGAAUUCCAUUGGAAGAGGCAGAGAAAGAGGUGGAGCUUAGCAUCUCCAAGCUUUCUGACUGGGCUGCACGCUGUGAUAAAGAGCAGGGUGGAACUCCUUUCCCACCCCAGUCUGGCUCUGCCCUGUCCACUCCAGAGGCUAUAGGAGUGCUAGGAGUGAUUCUCCCCAACUCCAAACCACUGCUCUCUCUGGUGUCUCUGCUUGGGGCAGCUGUUGCUAUGGGCAAUGCUGUUAUCAUGGUGCCAAGUGAAAAAUACCCUCUUCCAGCACUCGAAUUUAUACAGGUCAUGCAGGCCUCUGAUUUGCCUGGCGGUCUGGUCAGUAUAAUAACAGGAGGGAGGGAUCAGCUGACCCAGGCACUUGCUAACCACAGCGUGAUUCAAGGCAUUUGGUAUUGGGGAAGUAAAGAGGGCUGUCAGUUUCUUCAGUACUGCUGUGUCAGUCCUCUUAAAUGUCUGUGGCUACACUGUGAGGAAGAGGAGAAGGAAGCAGGCAAAAUCUGGACCGACUUAAACCCGUCUUUUCAAGAAGAGCUCUGGAGAAAGGCUGUGGUCUGGAAAAGUAUAUGGAUUCCAACUGCAUGAGAGCACUUUUCAGUUUUAAGAAGAAAUACGAGUCCCUAUAGUUGUGAGUGCAGGUAGUUGUUUCUGAGAACUUCUUCCUCGUGCUAUUUAGACUAUGUAGAAUUACUAGAAAGGGUAGGAGAGACUUUAAAAUUUUUCACUUUCACCAUUGUGUAAAAGAAGGAAAUUAUAUUUUGUUGUUCCCCAUGAUAGACGGUUGUUUUAUGACAAAUAAAGAACUGUUAUAACAA